AUGCACAGUGAUCCAAAAAGGGAAGACGAACUCCCAGAUAUAAAACAAUCUGAUGAUCCAGAGCAGGCUUUUGAUGAAUCACCACCAAAGUUAAAAGAGGUAGUAGAUGUUAUCAAGAAAGGAAGGGCAGCAUCAGCACCAGGUCCAAAUGGAGUGCCAUAUAAGUACAGAAAGGAGGGUGUAUCAGGCUGUAUUGAACACACAAGCGUAUUAUCACAGAUAAUCCGAGAAGUGAAAGAUUCAAAGGGAGAGCUCGCAGUUGUCUGGCUGGAUUUAGCGAAUGCAUAUGGGACAGUACCACACAAGUUAGUUGAGUUGAUGCUGGAGAGAUACCAUGUACCUGACGGAGUUAGAGCGCUGAUAAAAGAGUACUUCAACCAUCUGCAAUUGAGAUUUACCGUUGGAGAUUUUACAACAUCAUGGCAACGUUUGGAAGUGGGAAUAGUGACAGGAUGCACGAUAUCUGUCAUCCUUUUCUCAGCAGCAAUGAAUAUGAUUGUGAAGUCAGUUGAGAAGAAGAGCAGAGGUCCAUGGAUGAAGUCAGAAGUACUGCAACCACUAGGAAGAGCAUUCAUGGAUGAUAUGACAAUAAGCACAAAGACAGUUAUCGAAGCCAGGUGGACACUACGAGAGCUUGAUAAGAUGAUCACCUGGGCAAGAAUGAAAGUGAAGCCUAACAAAUCCAGAAGUUUGGUAGUGAAUAAUGGUAAAGUCAAGGAGGAAAGGUUUAAAAUAGGAGACGAAAUAAUAGGUAACGAAUAG